AUGUGGAGUUGGCAGUCGCAGCCGGCACGACGUCUGACAGGCCUGCUCGCAGAGACCCUGCGACGUUGGGCAUCAGCGCGUGCAGAUGCCGCCGCGUCCUUCGCAGCGCUGCCCUUCGUGUCCUCGCUCGCGGCUGCCUGCCCAAGAAAUGUCGGAAGCUCCGAUCCCAGACGCCUCCAUGCGUGGACCCUGGGAGCUGCAGCCUUAGCUCACGCCUUUGGCCAAUUUGCGGAUCUGCCCAUCUGCUCGAUCGGCAAUCGCCUCUGGCAGCAGAACACGCAAGCCGAGCUGGGUCGGACGUCUACCCUUGUCGCUUGCUCGAUUCCGAAGCCCAGCACCCAGCGUGUCGAUGCCGAUACUCGAACGAGGUUGUAG